GUGAUAUAGAGGGAUAUUGUUAAAUGCCCCACCCGUUGUUGUCGGUUUCCAUUGAAAUAUAUAGACAAUUAAAGUUGACGUUCAAUUUUUAUUUCCCUUUUAUUGUGUCUUCUUUGUUUCCAUUCACCCAAUUUUAAUCGCAAAUUUAUUCGAUUUUGAUUUGCAUUUUGGUGUUUAUCGUUUUUAAGCAUUUAUAUAUCUCGGUAAUAUUCAAGACUCAAAAUUACAAUGUUUUCAAAUUCCGUUGCAGAAUUUCAAGACUUAUUGACCAAUCCUUUGGAUAAAUUUCUGGCCAUUAGCAAUGAAAUUGGUGGCCUGGUUAAAGAACAAUGCACAUUGGUUCGUAAAGCAUUGGAUGCUCAAUUGGAUUUUUUACGUUUAGCAUCACAAUCGCAAAAACCUGCCGAUUCCAAGUUAUUAGAAUUGCUUCGACCAACCUCGGAUCUAAUCACACAGAUUAUUUCAAUUCGAGACAAGAAUCGAAAGGAUGAACAUUUCAAUCUUUUAUCAUCAAUCGCCGAAGGUAUUGCCGCUUUAGGUUGGGUAUCGGUAGUUCCAACACCGGCUCCCUACAUCAAAGAAAUGUCCGAUUCGGCACAAUUCUACACCAACAAAGUGUUGAUUGCAUAUAAAGACAAAAAUGCUCAAAUCGUUCAAUGGGCCAAAUUAUGGAUUGAAUUUCUUGGUCAACUACAACAAUAUGUUCGCCGUAAUCAUACCACCGGUUUGGUGUGGAAUGCCAAAGGAAAUGCAUUAAAUGGAGCAAAUGGACCACCACCACCACCGCCUCCACCAUCGGCCGAUUUUUUCAACGAUAAUUCCACCAAUUCAGCCAGUGGUAAUCCAAAUGACCAACAUGCAGCAUUGUUUGCAUCGAUCAACAAAGGGACUGACAUUACCAAAGGUCUUCGAAAAGUGACUUCCGAACAGCAGACACAUAAAAAUAGCUCAUUACGACAGUCAUCAUUGGUACCGGACCGAAAAUCAGACUCAAUAGGUCAACCAACCUGCGGGAAAAACAUACGAAAAUUAUGUCCAAAGCUAUCAUUGGAAGGCAAAAAAUGGACUGUAGAAAAUUAUUUUGGCCGACGUGAUCUUGUCAUCGAUGAUACAAAUAUGACACAAUCGAUCAACAUUUAUAAUUGUAAUGAAUCUGUUUUGACCGUCAAAGGCAAAGUCAAUUUAAUCACUGUGAAUGAAUGUCGAAAAUUUUCCAUAAUUUUCGAUAAUGUUCUGUCCGUACUUGAAUUUAUUAAUUGUCAGCGGGUACAAGCUCAGGUGAAUGGAGUGGUGCCUACCAUUACAAUUGAUAAAACCGACGGUAUCGAAGUAUACCUAUCAAAUGAAUCGCUUCAAUGUGAAAUUGUUACAUCGAAGAGUUCGGAAAUUAACAUUUCAAUUCUGAAUGCUUCUGGCGAUUAUGUCGAACAUCCAUUGCCUGAACAAUUUAAAUCUGUAUGGACUGGCAAUAGAUUUAAAACGGAAGCAUUGGAUGGAUGAAUAUAAACGAAUGUUUUUAUCUUAUUUUUUUCAAAACAAUCAAACAUGGGACCAAUUAUGAGAGUAUUUAACAAAUGAAAUCCAUGAUGUAUUUUAUGUCACUAUAAACAAACGGUACCAAUAACAAUUAUUCUGAUCAACCAGAUUUUCUAAUCUUAA